CUCUGGCCAUCGGCAACCCAGCUUGGGCCCCGGAGGGGGUAAGAAAAGGUCAGGCCAGGAGCUGGAGGAAAGGGUGAAUGGCCCUGGUAGAGGGGUCUGCCUAGCCUCUGCCAGCACUGGGCUUCAUCCUGCUUGCUCCGCUUGACUGUGGGGGAGUGACGUCUUCUAGCCUGCCCCUGCUCCGCCCCUGCCCGAUGUCUACACUGGGAACUGGGUGAAGCCAGAACCCCUUGUCUGUCUGGGCCAGGGAUUCCCCUGACUCAAGGGCACUUGUUUCAGCCCUUAAGUGGAUCAUACUUUGGGGAGCUGGGAGGAGCUGCCGAAACCACCUUCUUCCCUCCCUCCCUCCCCAGCAGAAGCGGCAGGAUCUCCUGCCGGUCCAUCGAGGUCGGGUGGCACCCCUGAGGCCUAUGCUGCUGCCCAGCUUCACCCAGGUGGGGCCUUCCGAAAGGAUCGGUUGGUCAGGAGGGAAAGAAGCUCCGGAGCUUUAGGAAUUGGAGGGAAGCCAGAGGUCGAGCAAGCAUGAGCCUGGCACGUGGGGCUGUUUGCGGCUCAAGUCCCAAGGUCAGAGGCCUGUUAGCUCCUUUUUUAUGUGAAAGGUGGGUGGGUCUGUGGCGGGCCAAUUGUCUGGGCCUGGGAGUCACCUGCCUGGCUCUACUGUUUAUAGCGCUAAAGGAGGACUAGUCAUUAGCCUGAGUUAUUCAGGGCCUGAGGGACGGGGUUUAUCCAGAGAGCCAGAGUAAGCUGUUGCUCACCUGUGGGAGAAACACCCAGACAAGGUCCCAUCUCUCAAAAGAAGGAGGGGACUUUCGAAUGACUUGAACUGAUGUCGAUUUUUCUCCGGGCCUGAUCUUCAGAGCCCUGUGCACCUCUUCCCACUCCCCUGGCCAUUCUGGAAAGGAGAAGGAGCGGGAGCGGAAUUUAUGGCUUCAUUAGAAGUUGUGUUGCAGGGAGCUACCACUCACACCUCAUGGCGUCCACGCUGCGGCUGCUCACGUGGGAUGUGAAGGACACACUGCUGCGGCUUCGCCGACCGGUGGGGGAAGAGUAUGCGAGCCAGGCCCGAGCCCACGGGCUGCAGCUGGAGCCGGCGGCCCUCAGCCAGGCCUUCCACCAGGCCUAUAAAGCCCAGAGCCAGGAUUACCCCAACUACGGCCUGAGCCAGGGCCUGAGCUCCCGCCAGUGGUGGAUGGAGGUGGUCCGACGGACCUUCCUGCUGGCUGGGAUCUCAGAUGCCGCGGCCACCGACCCCAUUGCCAACAGACUCUAUCGAGACUUCUGCCGCGCCGACACCUGGGAGGUGGUGGCAGGGGCAGCGUGGACCCUGCAGCGGUGCCGGGAGCGGGGCCUGCGCCUGGCCGUCAUCUCCAACUUUGACCGGCGGCUGGAGGAGAUCCUGGUCCACUGCGGCCUGCGGCAGCACUUUGAGUUUGUGCUGACCUCGGAGGCGGCUGGCUGGGCCAAACCGGACCCGCGCAUCUUCCAAGAGGCCCUGCGCCGCGCUCGCGUUUCCCCCGCGCAAGCCGCCCAUGUAGGGGACCACCUCCUGAAUGAUUACCAGGCCGCCCGGCGGGCUGGCAUGCACAGCUUCCUCGUGACGGGGUCGGAGCCGCUCUCCCUGGGGACGGGAGCCGUGCCCUCAGACCACAUCCUACCCACCCUCCCCCACCUCCUGACUGUUCUCGACCGCCUGGAGGGCUCGAACCUGAGUCACUGACAACAACUGGGAACUGGGUGGCUCCGAAGACAUUUAGGGCCAGGAGCUGUGGGGGUGUGGCAAGCUAACCUGGCUAAAACUACCUUUUAAAAGACCCGCCAACACUCCACAGAGUUAGACAUGCACCCUCAGUGCCGCCCUGCAGCUCGGGAUAGUUUCUUGAAGCUUGUGGGAGCACCUCCACUCCAAGCCAGGAAGAUUCAAAAAUUUUACUUCUGCCUGUGCUUUCUUCUACCCAUGUGAAUCCCUUAAAAACCUUGAACACCCCCAAACACCAGCAGUUUGCCAGCUGGCAGCUAAGGUCGGGGCUGGUGCGGGGUGGGGGAGCGGAGUGAUGUGGUGUGGGAGGGGGCUUGCCUGCCUCACCACACUUUUGGAGCAGGGGUCACGACCAGCGGCAGCUCCUCUCACCCAGCCUCCUGCUUUUCUCUGCUCUUGGUUAUUCCUGGCCCUGCAGGUUUCCUCGAUGAGUAUAGAGUCAGUACCCCUAGGUGAAAAUCAGCUCCUUGCUGCAGUCACCCCUUAUUCUCCUUGGUCUCUCUGGCUCCCUUUUCCAUGGUAUUCAUUAAGCAUUUACUGUGUGCCUGGCACUGUCUGAAGCGCUGUAAUCAGGUUGGA